CCUCCCUCCGGCGGGCAGGGCCGUCGGCCGAGUCCAGUGCGAGGAUAACUCAGGCCGGGCUGGUCCUGCAGCAGCGACAGAUACAGCAACCCGAAACAGCGCAGGGGAGGGAGCAAACAGAGAAGCAAUCCGCAGCCAUCCUUUAAAAAUCGCCCCGUUUACGAGCAAGAUAACCUACUGUCUGGUGUGAAGCGGGGUUUGUGGGUGAACACGACAGGCAUAUAGGGAGAGGUGCAGAGAAAAAUUUCCAUACUCGAUGACAUUACAUCGCAAUGUCCGAUCGUUUGGGGCAAAUAACCAAGGCAAAGGAUGGGAAAAGCAAGUACUCCUCUCUCAGCCUGUUUGAUAAAUACAAGGGAAAGUCAAUAGAAACUCAGAAAACCACAGCAGUUGUUCCUCGACAUGGCUUGCAAAGUCUUGGUAAAGUGGCCGUUGCCCGGCGCAUGCCUCCCCCUGCUCACUUGCCGAGCUUGAAAUCUGAAAACAAGGGAAACGAUCCUAACGUGAUUAUUGUGCCCAAAGACGGAACAGGAUGGGCAAACAAGCAGGAGCAACCAGACCAAAAGAGUUCUACUGCAUCAACAAUACAGCAGCAGGAGUCGCAGCAGCAGCCGGCUUUGCAGAAAUCUGUCUCCAAUCUUCAGAAACCGACACCAGCAGCAAGCCAGGAGAACACAAAUACAGGUGGACCAAAGCAAUGGGCACAGCUGAACGGAAAGGCAGUAGAACAAGAUGGUUUAAAGGCCUCAAACCGACUGCAGCCCUUCUCUCACGAGGAAUUUCCGACGUUGAAAGCAGCUGGAGAACAGGACAAGGCUGGCAAGGAAAGAAGCGCCUUCGAUCUGUCGUAUGGGCCCGGACCAAGCCUCCGCCCCCAGAAUGUAACGAGCUGGAGGGAGGGUGGUGGGAGGAACCUGCACCCGGUGACCUCUGUGUCUGCUGCGCCCCCCGAGCCCGAGGGGAAGAGCAACAGCCCAGGUGAGGCAGGUCCCCCUUCCUCCUCCUCCUCUUCUUCCGCCGCUGCCACCACUGCUGCUGCUCCUGCUGCUCCAGCCUCCGAAAGCAAGGAACCCUGCCUCCGCCCCGUACAGCCAACCCGGAGGAGCACGACGCCAGCGCCUCAGUACCUGGGACCACAACACCACCCCACUACGACCUACCAUGACAUGCUGCCUGCUUUUAUGUGCCCCAAAGAGUCUCGGGACUCCCCAGCUUCCUCUGAGCGUGGCCCCCCCGCCGUCGCCGCCCCGGUCCGAUUCGAUGCUCGGCCCGCCUUCAGGCAGCAGUUCCAGCCUGUCGAGCCUGUGAACGGGGAGCUCCGGAAGGACAGCCGGUUCGCCCGCGGGCCGUCUCGCUCGUCUCGCCCCAUCAGGCGCCCCGGCGACCGGGCGCCAAGGCCUGCCAUCAUCAACCCCGAGGACCUGAAGGACCUGGACGACCUGGACAACGACUGCGACGACGGUUGGGCAGGUCUCCAUGAAGAAGUGGAUUACAGCGAGAAGCUGAAGUUCAGCGAUGAUGAAGACGAUCACUCUUGUAGAGACAAGAACAACAAGUGGAACGACUGGGAACUCAGGCGUGACCGGCAGCCCUCUCUGAGCUCAGGGGACGGCGUGUACAGCAGGGAGACCCCUGAGGAGGAAGCAGGGUGGAAUGAACGGGGCUCCCACAGGUACCAAGAUGCCCAACUACAGAGGAAGGCCAACGGCUGGGCCGCCCCUCCUGAAGCACAGGCCCAGCAGAAGCCCCCCGCCCGGGGGCGAGACGCCGUGGAGGACAAGGAGGAGAGGCCGGCCCCGCGCGGGAAGUUCGUGUCGCCGGAGAUCUCGGAGGCGGUGGAGCGGGCCCGGCGCCGGCGGGAGGAGGAGGAGCGGCGCGCCCGCGAGGAGAGGCUGGCGGCCUGCGCCGAGAAGCUCAAGAAGCUGGACGAGAAGUUCGGGAAGAGCGAGAAGGCGCAGAAGGCGGAGUGCUGCCCGAAGGAGCUGGACUGCAGGAGCACACAGGAGCCGCCGUCGCCCAGUAAAGACUCCAGGCUCAGUCAGGAGAACUGGCAGUAUGGCACUGAAGAAGUGUCGGAAGUCCCUCCGGAGCAGUAUUCCGGCCAGGAUUAUGCCGAAGAUGAGGCUUUGGGGUCAAACUAUCGGAGUGAAGACGACGGUCCAGAGCCCACCUCCCCUGUCCCCGACUACGGGAAGUAUCAGAAGUCACUCCCGCCUCGCUUCCAGAAACAGCAGCAGCAGCAGCACCAGCAGGAGCAGGUGUAUAAAAUGCAGCACUGGCAGCAGCAGCAGCAGGCCCACCCUGCCCAGCCUGGUGCCACGCACCCUCAGCGCGGCUACUACCCUCCUCACGUGCUGGGUUUCGACCCUCGCUGGAUGAUGAUGCCCCCGUACAUGGACCCCCGCAUGGCCCAAGGACGAUCUCCUGUCGACUACUACCCGGCCCCUGUUCACUCUGCAGGAAUGAUGAAACCUGUCAUGCAGCAAGAACAUCUCAACAGUCCUGGCUCUGCUUCGGAGGAGAGCUGCCACCCUGCUGUGAUUCAGGAGAGGAGAGCUCCCUCCGCUGAGCCCUACCCAGUGUGGGGUCAGGACAGUUACACCUCCGUCCCACCCCGGAGCUUCACGCCCCCCUACCAGAGACAGCACGAGAGCAAGGAGAUGCGCAGGGUCGAUGACAGGAAUGAGAGAACUUGUUCCCAGCAAGACUCCUAUGAAGAAAGACAGGAGGAAUAUAGAGAUGUUUCAGCUGAAGAUCUCUCCCACUCUGGUUAUCGCCAGACCAGGAGGCCCGAGAUGGCUUUCAGUUCCUCCCAAAAGAAGGUCCAUGACCAAGAAAGCAGACAGAACGAGGCUCUGGCACCUUCCAACCAAAACCGUAGCCUUUCAGGCGAUGCUGAAUAUCUAAAACCGGAGCGUCAGGGUGAGCCUAAAGAAGUGGGAUAUAGGCAAAAAAAGGAUAGUGCCAGAGAUGAGGCGUUUGAUAACUCUGCAAAAGAGAAGACCUUUGCAUCUGAUUUUUGGAGGAACGAUGGCCUUCAGAAGAAAGAGAAUGGUCCUUCCUCCCAGUGGUCUGACUCGAGCUCCAAUACCAGCAGCAGCCAGCCCCAGGAGUCCACUGGGAGACCUCUAACCAGGAGAACAGGGCCGAUAAAGAAGCCCGUUCUCAAGGCUCUGAAAGUAGAGGAUAAGGAGAAUGAAAAGCCUAAGGUUGAAGUUGAAGAGAAACCUGUCCCCUACAAACUGAAAGAGAAGGAAGUCCCUUCUAGCGUGUAUGAGCAGAAAAGGGACUUGAGCCUACCUCUAGGUGCAAAGUACUCCAUUACCCCUGCUGUGGCAGCUGUGGACGAAAAGUACCCCACAUACCCUAAGGCGGAGAAAAACCCAGAGAGCUCUGCUGAGGACGAGCAGAAAGACAACAGCUGGGAAAGCAAGUCCCAGCCGAGGGAGCCCAGAGACGGCAGCGAUCCUCCUGCCCCGCGCCGCAACAACUGGAUUUUCAUAGACGAGGAGCAGGCGUUCGGAGGCGUGAGAGGAGCGGGGCGAGGGAGGGGCAGGGGGUUCAGGGAGUUCAGCUCCAGAGGCGGGCGAGGGGGCCGUGGGGAGAGCUCGAGGGGGGGCUACAAUGGCCAGAGGGUGGGCCGAGGCCGGAACCUGCGCGAGUUCGCCAAGCCGGAAGACGUCCAGAGGGGCAAGCCCCGGCGUCGCAACGUCAGCGAGACCCUGAGCGAGACCUCGGAGUACGAGGAGCUGCCCAAGCGGCGCAGGCAGAAGGGCUCGGAGAACGGCGGGGAUCCGGUCGGCACCGAGACCGCCAACGCGAGGAAGGUGGACAGCAAGGAUUCCUGGAGGUCCAACAAGGUUUACACGGAUGAACAGAGCAGUGGCAGCGAGUCUCGGGAGAAGCCCAAAGCUAGCAGGGGUUUUGGUCGCUCUCUGCCCCCUCGGCUCACCAAUGCCGGCGGCUACGGACGAGGGUUUGGACCCAGAGAGCCCUCGACGUGGAGAGGCAGGGGAGGGGCGUUUGUGGGAGGCCUGGUCCAGGAGAAUGGUUACUGCCCGGUCCCGGACACCUUCUCCAGGAGACCACAGGAACGGGAGCCUCUGAAAUAUUCCCAGAAGUACGCGGGGACCUUCGUUGAAAAUGGAUUUGAAGACCGAGGCGGGGAGGAAUACUUUGUGGAUGGGGACAAUCCCGACGGCAGGCCCCUGAGACGCCGGAGACCGCCGCGGCAGGACAAGCCGCCCCGGUUCAGGCGCCUGCGCCAGGAGAGGGAGACGGGAGCGCAGUGGGCCGGCGAGGAGCAUGUCGGCGGCGACUUCUCCAGCUCCUGGCCCAGUAGGGCAAAGGGGGAGGACGGCGGCGUUCCCCACCUCACUGGGAGCCGGGGCCGUGACGUGGCGCACCUGGAGCAGGGUGCCGAAGACUGGGAGACUGCCUCCGAGAGCAGCGACUUCAACGACAGGCGGGAGAAGCGCUCCGGCCUAUCCCAGGGCGAGAUUCCCUCGGAGUUGGGGCACGGGGAGGCGGGAUCGGGGGAGAAGAGGGAGCUCUCCAAGCGCAGCUUCUCCAGCCAGAGGCCUCUCGUGGAGAGACAGAACCGAAAGGGGGAUCCCACAGGACUUGGAGACAAAGUGUCCAGGUCUGCUGAAACUCCGUCCCGGAGUGAGAGCUGGCAGAAUGGAAUGCUGCACUCCAGCAGUAAAAGGGCUUCAGACGAAGCUGCCUCUGGAGCAGGGUACAACGUGGAUCAAACUGUCAAGACAGAAGAUGUUCCUCAGAACAACGCCUCUGAGCAUUCCAGCAAAAAGUCGGAGAAAGAAAUGAAACCUGUGUCACUGAAAAGCGACAAGUCAGAUUCUUCACCUCAGUACAGCCUGAAUAGUUACCAAAUGGAGAAUGAAACGGGAGUGUCCGUGCCCAGUGGGGAGGGGUUCACCGAGAUCUUGUCCAAAAAACAGCGGCGUCAGCAGGAAGAGGAACGCCGGAAGAAAGAGCAGGGGGUACAGGUGUCCGUGAAAAACAGGGUGAUUACUUCCAAGAUACCUCCACGCUUUGCAAAGAAGCAGGGCGCCAUUUCAGUGGAUCAGGCUGAAGAGGGGCUCUCCACUAGCAACCUGGGGACUGAGAUCUGGGAGAACAACAGUGCAGCUCUUUCUGUUCAGUCCACUGGUGGAGAUUCUUGGACAAAGCCAGUAUCCUACGCUGGGGCAGAACCAAGCUCCACUGAGGUGUUUAAAGGCAGUCAGACUGACAGUGGGAUUGACCUGAGUGCUGAGUCUCAGGGAUCCUCUGCCAACUCCUCCCAGAGAAGUUCCCCUUAUGGCACCCUCAAGCCUGAGGAAAUCAACGGGUCGACCCCAGCAGAACCAAAACAGGACGGGCUCAAAGACCUCACACCCAAGCAGAUGGAGAAGAAGGACUCGGAGACCAAUUCAGAGCAGAGCAAGGAACACAAACCUGGCCCCAUUGGGAAUGAGCGAUCCCUGAAACACCGCAAAGGAUCAGAGGGGAUAGAGAGGCUGGAAGGAAACAUUCCCCCUGUUAAUGGUGUGGAUAUACAUGUGGAAAACGUUAUCCCUGUACCACCCAUUGAGUUUGGAGUGAGUGCAAAGGAUUCUGACUUCAGUCUGCCUCCUGGAUCCACCCCGGUUCCUGUUUCAAACCCAGUAACAAAGCUGCAGGAUGCUUUGGCCAGUAAUGUGGCUCUCACUCAAGCGAUUCCGAUGCUCCGCCGCGAUCAUCUGCCGCAAGGUAUCGGCCUCAACCCCAUCUCCUUCCCGAGCACCGACCUCACCCUCAAGAUGGAGUCUGCGCGGAAGGCGUGGGAGAAUUCCCAGUCGCUGCCCGAGCAGGGCUCCCCGGGCGGCGCGGGCUCGGGGGGCCAGCCCCCCUGCAGCGUGGGCUCCUCCAGCGGCGUGAGCUACAGUUCGUUUGGGGGGGUGUCCAUGCCACCCAUGCCCGUGGCCUCGGUGGCGCCUUCGGUCUCGAUGCAAGGUAAUCAUAUUCCACCCCUCUAUCUGGACGGGCAUGUCUUUCCCAGCCAGGCCCGGCUGGUUCCUCCAGCCUUGCCCCAGCAGCAGACCUAUCAGCAGGCUGCGGCGGCCCAGCAGAUCCCCAUCUCUCUCCACACCUCCCUGCAGGCCCAGGCCCAGCUCGGGCUGCGUGGCGGGCUCCCAGUCUCCCAGUCCCAGGAGAUGUUCAACUCCAUCCCGCCUUUUAGGUCCCAGGUGUACAUGCACCCCAACCUCUCUCAGCCCAACGCCAUGGUCCUGCCAGGAGCUGCCCCCAUGAAAGGCCACUACUCGCCCUUCCCUGGCAUGCAGCCGUCGGAGAUGGUGAAGCCCCAGUCAGGCUCGCAUUACCAGCCCAUGAGUGGCAGCCAGGCCCUUGUUUAUGAUGGGCAGAUGAAUCAGGCUGCAGGAAUGGGCACCUCGCAGCUCAUGGACUCCCAGCUCAUCCAGGCUUUCCUUGCUUGGCAGGUGACCAUGCCCCUGCCGGGGUCGCCGCUGAGGUACGGCUCCCAGCAGCACCUCAUCCUGCCCCAGUCCAUCCAGCUGCAGCAGGGCCAGAACCUGCCCGUGGGGGCCCCCCGGCGCGUGCUGCCCCCCGGCUCCCAGCCCCCCGUCAUGACAGGCAGCAGAGAGACAUCGCAGAUGGAGAUGAAAGGCUUUCAGUUCCAAGAUAAUAAGGCAAACCAUUCUCCUGGCAUGUCAGCAGGGUCUGCCCAAACUCCCAGCUCUUACAGGCCUGGAUCUGCCAGUCCAAGUGGGAAGCCCUCAGGCCCCGGAGGGCCGGCCAGUGUAGCGCCCCUUCCUGGACACUACGCUCAGCAGGUCCCGCCGCCGCAGGGCGGCAUGAUGAUGCACAUGCGCCCUCCCGCCACGGGGCCCUUCCCCAGCCCCAUCCAGCGGCCAGUGAUGCAGAUGAGCAAGGCGGUCAUCAUCCGCUCCCCUCAGUACCCCAGCCCUGGCCGGGAGCCCCCGCCCUGCGUCUCCCCCGCCAACAGCACCGACUCUGCGAAAGGGACGGAGGAAGGCAUGAAGACCAAGCCACGAGAUGUCCUGCCGAGCUCCGGCGAUGGGAAGGGACAGGCCCGGAUGUCCAGCCUGCAGGAGCCACAGACCUCGAGCCAGAUGAAGCCAGUCCGGACCGGGGCCAUCAAGCCGCAGUCUGUCAAGGUGGAGGAGGGGAAGGCGUAACGGGAGGCCGGUGCUGUGGACCAGAGCACACUAGCAGCCGCGAAGGCAGUCCCCGAGAUUGGCCUCCGCACUGGCCAGGGAAGAUCACCAGUGGGAUCUGACUCCUAUUAAAGCAAAUUCAAGCGUUGUAUUGAUCGAACACAGUAUAUAUAAAUAUAUAAAUAAACACAUAGGGACACUUUGAAGCAGACUUUUCAUUUCAUCUUAUUUAUUAACUCUACAUCCAAACAAUAAGUCGUUCAGGUUCUGUCAUUUGCCUACAUCAAAGGAAAGAGAAAAAUAAGUAGCUCCUGCAGCUCAACAAUUUCCACUUGCAAAAUAACACAAAAAGGACUGCAGUUGUGUAAAUGUGGCAAAUGCAAGAGAAUAAUACGAGGCUAGUAUGUAAGCUUUUUAAGCUUUCUUUCCCAAACAUUCAACUUUUCUUAGCCACUUUGCUGGUACCUUGGAGUUUUAACUUUUUAAGUAAUCUGAAAACUUAAUAUCCUUCGUUAUUAAAGGAAUCCUUUUAUUCAAUAAAGUACUAUUAAAACUGAAGCAGAGGACACCUGUUUUGUGCGAUCUGAAAGAAAUGUUUCAUGGAGAGACCCUGUAGAAUCUGUUACAAUUGUAUUUCUCACAGCUUGUGAAAUGUAUACAACUGUGCUUAGGUAACUGCAAAUAUGUUUCCGUAACUCUGCAAAGCCUAGACUUUUUCAUUACUUGUUUUUAUUUUUGUGGUAUUAAAAGAUUUUUGGCAUCAUAAAUCACACUCUGGUUUAAGUUUUAAGCUUCACAGGGGUUUAUGAAGUGUUUUAUGCAUGUGGUGUAAAUUAAAACGUAUACGCCAGGGCCAGUGAUACUUGUAACUUUGCAUUUCAGAGAUGUAUCUAAAGUGAGUAAAAUGUACAGCUGAGAUGUGUGUGGACAGUGCAAAAAAGGCAGUUUUGUAGCCAUCUUUGUGUAAGGGGUCCUCAUUGAGUUGCCGAUGUGUUCCCAGGUAGUUGGUAAUGAGCAGACUGAUUUUUUUUUUCUUUUGUGGGGUUUUUGCUUGUAAUUAGUAACUUAAUUUUUAAUAUUGCUACAUUACAUGUAUGUCAAGUAUAAUGCCUACUAAGAAGAUGCGAUUUUCCUCCAGGUGUUUUCGCCUGAGGCCUGACAGCUGUUCAAGGGCUUUCGGUUUUUAUUCUUUCUCCCUCUUGAACUUGUCUUCUCCUUGCUGUGUGAAGUGAUGACCUAUUGGCUGACUCAGGUUGACACAGGGCGGUGGGGAGUCAUGAGAGUGGCUGUAAUGGCAGCACACGGAGGAUGAGAUCCAUACCAUAAACCCACAAUGUUGCCAACAAGGAAAAACCAGUGUACAUGGGGAAAUUAACAGCACAUGAAACCUUGCUUUUUCUUUUUAUUUGCUUAAGCCCAGGCUAUGUAUAAUGUGACUGUAAACCUUAAGUGCUGGAGGGGCCAGUGUUGAAGGGAGUUUUUGGGAAGCAGGCAAUAAAAUGGUUGAAAGAUGUUCAGCCUCAGUAGCUGUGGAACAAGGCCUAGCAAAUAGAGAAUGCAGUAUGCAAUGUAAACAGCCGGGAAGCUGAUCAUGCUCACCCCCUUUAGCCUGGUUGAACAUUGCAGUUACUUUAUAGCUCCAGCUCCAGGAAGAAAAGGACACUGCAUCUUCAUCUCACAGGGGUUAAAUCCAUCAUUCAAUUGAAUAAUACCACAUCAUGUAGCUGCCCUGUUCUAUAACUCCGUGAGCUUGCUGAUCUCAUCUUUUAAUUAUUAUUCCUGGUUCAAAUCAUGACAAAACACUAUUUAAAGUACUUGUUUAGAUCUAGUUGGUGUUUCACUGAUUUUAUAUAUAUAUAUAAAAAUAUAUAUAUAGUCUCAUUCUGUGCUGGGGAGGCCAAAAACCUACUUGAUUUCUAUUACUGUAUUUAAUGUCACUUGAUACACUAAAAUGUUUACAGGUUGUUUUUAUAUGGCUGUAUAUGAUUUUCUUUUUUUCACAGGACAUAUACAAUUUGGUCACAUUUGGAGGAUUUUCUUUAGAUUUUUAAGAUGCAGUGGCUCUUUUCAAAUUUAAGUUGGGAUCAUUCAGGCUGAGAGAAGUUGCCUUAGAUCUAAGGUGGAGGUAAUCUGGAGGAGCUGCUGAUGAGUUGAACAUGAAUAUCGCGAGAUAUUUGAUUUGGAUGUUAAAACUUUGCUUUCUUCCAACCAUCACCAAGCUUAUUUUAGUCUAUCAGUUUUUGGCCUUUUCUUGUCUUUCUGUGUAGACUGAUAUUUGAAAGGGCAGACGAUGGAUAUUUCACUGUAGAAGCUUUUUUUGUUUGUAUUUUUGUUUCUGACUGGACCAGUCGUGAUUUCAUGGAGCUGUUCCUGCAGCUGUACAGCCUGAACCCUGUUAUCAGUACCUGUUGUUUAUCCUUUCAAAUAUGUGAUUGUAUUAGCUCUUUCCAUAUGAAAGAAUUCUCCUUAUUUAAAUAAAAAAUAAAGCAGAUUAUGCUUUUUCAAAUA